AUGGCUUCCUUGAGCGCCCAGCCCAAGUCGACGAGUCGCUUGAAGACGUAUGGCAGGGCUAGCAAGAAGACGGUUCCGACACAGCCGUCGCAAAGACCUGUCAAGAACAUACGCGCUGGUAUCUCGAGAUCCGUUUCCGACCUCCCAGCCACGCGCCACGUCGAACACGAUCCUUAUGACAUUCCUUCCGAUGACUCCUCGCCGGAUCAUCCGACACUGAACACGAGGACCGGCCCACCAAUCACGAAACCCCUGACAAAUGCUGAGCGGAAGCGAAAGGUCAACAGUGUCUAUCCUGCCGACGACCAUGGCCUUGACCCUGUGAGUGAAGACAGCUCUCCUUCGGCCCUCAAGCCCAAACAGCGCUCGCGGGUUUCCUCGCCUACCGAAGAUGCAGGCGGCUCGAGGCCGAAGACGUAUGGGCCGACGCGACAAGCGCGCGCGGCCUCGGCAGACAUCAUGGAGGUCGAUGCAGCGAACGGGCUCCUCUCAAGCCCCCCACCCACUCCCGUUGCUCCGCUAGACAGAUCAAAGGGGAAGGAGGGAUCGAACUCAGAGCUGCCCUUCUCGCCGAAUACCAUGAACAUGUUUGGUAGCUUGCAGGUUGGGGACAAGGCAUCGCAGCAACACCAAAUACCAGUACGGCCCAAGUUCAAACCAUCCGCCACGGCUCCGAAUGUCUCUCGAAACGCUUCCAAGUCCUCCAGACAGGUCUCGAUCUCGGCUCCAGCGUCCAAGCCUGCUGAAAAGCGGCGAAAAAGGCUGAUAGACGCCCUGGUCGAGCAAAUGGAGGAGUCGGAUGGUACGGUCGACGAGGACAAGACAGACAGCCAAGUAACCUGGGCUGACCCCGUGGUUUCAUCCGGUCAGAACAGCGAAGACGCGGACUCACAGUCGUCAUCUCAGGCCUCGAAGACGCGCAGGGCUUAUGGCGGUCAAGGCCCUAGGACACUGGCCCGGUCUGGGAGCUCUCUAAAACAUACCUACGGCACUUCAAAGGUCACACUGUUGGAGGAGGACAAUAUUUUUGAGGCGUUGGCCAUGCCCGAUCUAACGACAUCCACUGCCCCGAGGCGCUUGGAGUUGACCCCCAAGGUCUUGCCCAAGGCCGAUCUGGACGCUGACGAGGACUCUUCCGUGUCCACCCCUCGCAAAAUCCGACCUCGAGAUAUCCACGAGCUGAGACAGGCAGGCGCGAACAGCAGGGUCGCUGACGAGAUGUUCGAUUUAUCAACGCAGAUUGGUCAACCAACUGCAAAGCCAUCCUCUAGCCGCAGAACAGCUCUCUUGCAGAUUGCGGAGAAAGCACGUCAUAAGGACUACAGAAAACGUAUGCGCGAUCAUGGGCUGGAUGCCAUGGUCCUGAAAAGCGUCGGAGACGAAGCAGACCCCAUCUCGGGGUAUCUCAUUACCGUCAUCCUUCUGCAAAUUCUUACGAGCUCUGCAGCGCCACAUGUCAUACAAUUGCUACAAGAUGAGGAAGCUGGAAACUUGUUCGGAAGACUUCUCCAACUUGACGAAGAUAUCAAGAAGCUGGUUCGGGACCGCAAGAGCAAUCUCUCAAAACGGAACCAAGGACUGCUGAUCGCCGGCCAGGCAGCGUUGCUCGAUUUGCCGAUUUGGCAAUCAGCCAAACCUAUGUCGACAUCACCAAGAACAGUGACCCUGAAGUGCCUUGAGAUGUUGAUUGCUCAGGAUGCUCAACUGGGCAGCGAUGACGCACUGUUCCCGCCCGCUGUCACCAAGGGCCUCUUUGAUACUGUCUCGGCCGCCCAAGGAGGAGAAUUCUGGGAUCAGCCGGCUGCCGAGACCUUCGAUGUUCACUGCGCCCUUUCCGUGCUCGAACACCAUGCUGUGAAAGCCAUGGAAGCGCAGAGCAGUGAGAAACUAGCUAAGCAGUAUCUCCCGUCUGUGGCGGAUGCGUUCGGUGUUGCUCUCAAGGAUCCUACGCGUCACAAUGCUUUAGAAAGCCCACUGCUCAAGCUGGUGCUCAACAUGACUAACUCUAGCAUCACGGCACCCGGCAUCUUUGUUGGAAAGGGCCUCAUCUUGCCGCUCUCAAUUUCCAUCUGCACAAGCUUCACACAGUCACUGUCGGCGGUCUCCGACGGUGAUGAAUGGUCUGGCCUGAUUGACGGCCUAGUCCUUCGACUUGGUAUCCUCAUCAACUUCGCUGAGCAGGGUACGGCGGUCAGAGAAGCGGUCUAUGAGAGUCGAGGCUCCGGUGGCGAAUCACCAAUCAAGGAGCUAAUCCGUCUGUUCCUUGCAAACCACCGGAACACUGCGGAAGCCGACUCUGAGGCCAAGAGCCAGCUCAAUGUAGCAUUUGGCUACUUAUCGUUGCUACUCGGCUAUCUGUGUCUCUACCCUCCGACCCGCAAGGCUUUCACGUCGAGCCACUCGGCCAAGAGCCUCGGUCCGCUGCUCGACUCGAUACAUGAAUUCAUUUCACACCAUAGAGCCAUGGAAGCAAGUCUUUUGGAUGCAGGGGUAGAUGAUCCACGGGCUCAUGGCGGAUACACGGAAAGACUUCAAGGUCUUGUUGACCAGCUAGAGGCAGAUGCUGCGCACGAUUGA